CAUGCACGCCCUCACCGGUCUCUCCCUGGUCAGCCUGCUUAGCUUCGGCUACCUGUCCUGGGACUGGGCCGGGUCAAGUCUCAUGGCCGAUGCUCCCGCGGAGGCCGGCGCGCCGCCCUCUGCCGCUCCACCCCAGCCUCCACACAUCAUCUUCAUCCUCACCGACGACCAGGGCUACCACGACGUGGGCUACCAUGGCUCGGAUAUUGAGACCCCGACGCUGGACCGGCUGGCAGCCGAGGGUGUCAAGUUGGAGAAUUACUAUAUCCAACCCAUCUGCACACCUUCACGGAGCCAGCUCCUCACCGGCAGGUACCAGAUCCACACAGGACUGCAGCAUUCCAUCAUCCGCCCACGGCAGCCCAACUGCCUGCCCCUGGACCAGGUGACCCUGCCCCAGAAGCUGCAGGAGGCCGGUUAUUCCACCCACAUGGUGGGCAAGUGGCACCUGGGCUUCUACCGGAAGGAGUGCUUGCCCACGCGCCGGGGCUUCGACACCUUUCUGGGCUCGCUGACGGGCAAUGUAGACUACUACACCUAUGACAACUGUGACGGCCCGGGGGUGUGCGGCUUCGACCUGCACGAGGGCGAGAGUGUGGCCUGGGGGCUCAGCGGCCAGUAUUCCACCAUGCUCUAUGCCCAGCGCGCCAGCCACAUCCUGGCCAGCCACAGCCCCCGGCGCCCCCUCUUCCUCUACGUGGCCUUCCAGGCGGUCCACACCCCCUUGCAGUCUCCUCGUGAGUACCUGUACCGUUACCGCACCAUGGGCAACGUGGCCCGGCGGAAGUACGCGGCCAUGGUGACCUGCAUGGACGAGGCGGUGCGCAACAUCACCUGGGCCCUCAAGCGCUACGGCUUCUACAACAACAGCGUCAUCAUCUUCUCCAGUGAUAACGGUGGCCAGACCUUUUCGGGGGGCAGCAACUGGCCGCUCCGGGGACGGAAGGGCACGUACUGGGAAGGUGGUGUGCGGGGCCUGGGUUUCGUCCACAGCCCCCUGCUCAAGCGGAAGCGGCGGACGAGCCGGGCCCUGGUGCACAUCACCGACUGGUACCCCACCCUGGUGGGUCUGGCGGGAGGCAGCGCCUCAGCAGCUGACGGGCUGGAUGGCUACGACGUGUGGCCGGCCAUCAGCGAGGGCCGGGCCUCGCCCCGCACGGAGAUCCUGCACAACAUUGACCCUCUCUACAACCACGCCCAACACGGCUCCCUGGAGGGCGGCUUUGGCAUCUGGAACACAGCCGUGCAGGCUGCCAUCCGCGUGGGUGAGUGGAAGCUGCUGACCGGAGACCCGGGCUACGGCGACUGGAUCCCCCCGCAGACGCUAGCCUCCUUCCCCGGCAGCUGGUGGAACCUGGAGCGGAUGGCCAACGUCCGCCAGGCUGUGUGGCUCUUUAACAUCAGCGCCGACCCUUACGAGCGAGAGGACCUGGCUGGCCAGCGGCCAGAUGUGGUGCGCACGCUGCUGGCCCGCCUGGCUGACUAUAACCGCACAGCCAUCCCCGUGCGCUACCCGGCUGAGAAUCCCCGGGCCCAUCCUGAUUUUAACGGGGGUGCUUGGGGGCCCUGGGCCAGUGAUGAGGACGAGGAAGAGGAGGAGGAAGGAGGCAGGGCUCGAAGCUUCUCCCGGGGCCGCCGUAAGAAAAAAUGCAAGAUUUGCAAGCUGCGAUCCUUCUUCCGUAAACUCAACACCAGGCUGAUGUCCCACCGGAUCUGAUGGGGCCAGCGGGAUCUCGGUGUGUGUGUCGGGGGGCAACUGUGCUUCCCCACCGCAGCCUGGCCCUGCUGCUUCUCAGGGAGAGGCCUGGGGUCAGUCUCCCCCUGCAGGGAAUGGAGGGCUAGAGCCCCUCGGUGACACGGGGUGGGGCACCUCGUGGGGGUGGGGUGGGAAUAAAGCAGCCUGGGCAGCCUGGGUCCCCGUCCUGCCUCUGCCUGGCUGGCACUGUGAUCUCAGGUGACCGGCGUGAGCUUUCCGCCUUGGUGUCUUCGUCUGGGAAAUGAGCUCUUGUGACUGCGUGACUGGGAGACGCACCCGGGGCCGCAGAGGCAUUCCUAGCCAGCGUCUCCACCUUGCAGCUCCCUUAAGGCCCUCCUCGGAGCCCCGGAUCUCCCUGGCCUGCGUGGGGGCGGAGCCACGUGGAGGCAACUCCAGGCCUGGACGGCAGCCCCAGAGAAGGCAAUCUGGCUGCUCGACAGCGGUAUUCUGAGUGCUGAGAGUGGAGGUGCAGGAUCAGCGGCGGGGGUCAACCUUCUGGGAUCUUCACGUGGUCCCGGACCAGUCCUGGGGUCACCUGAUCUCGUGGGGGCUGUGCUGGAAACUCCUCUUCCUGUCCCCAGAACCCUGAGAAACAGCUGUGUCCUUGGCUGCUGCAGUAUCCAGGGCGGGGGCAGAGCUGGGUCAGAGCCCCUGAGCCCGCAGUCAGGACACCUGGGCUCUCCUGUGAUCUCAGGCACAGCCCUUUGCUAUUGGGCUUUGAUUUCCCCACUUGCAAAUGAGCGUGCUGGCUGUGGCUCUGCCUACCUCACAGGGCUGUGGAGGCCUGGCCAAGGUAAGGGUCCGGAGGAGCCUUGAUUAAAGUGACAUAACACAGACGCAAGGGACCAGUGCUGUCGGUGAACACGUGUGUGUGCACGCUUGCGUCCUGGGCACAAGGGUGAGUGUAUGGGAGGGGGAAGGCGGAGGCAGAGUGUAGGAGUGUGCAGUGUGACCUCUCUGGGCCUCAGUGCCCCCUUGUGUUACAGGGAUGAUCUCGGAGCCCUUCCUCCACUGGCCGCUCUGGGCAUCCCGUGUGCGUGCGUGUGUG